AUGAUCGAAGAGAUCUACGAGGUUAGACCAGAGAAGUUCAACGAGGCGCUUAAGUCUUAUCUUAAAUCAACCAACAUGGUAGUUCCUCUCCAAGAUUAUGAUAUUAUGAAGACCGGAACUGGCAAGGAACAGGCACCCAUUGAGGAUGACUGGUAUUUCACAAGAAUGGCCUCCAUUGUAAGGCAGAUCUCAAUCAAAGGGGCUGUCACGCCAGAAUUCCUUGCAAAGAGGUAUGGAACUCGUAAGAACAGGGGAUGCCGGCCCAGCAAGUACGUUAAUGCCUUCCCGGAAAUAGGCAUCUCAGUGCUUGAGAAUCUGAAGAACAUGGGGUGGAUAAAUGAACACUCUAAAGAUAUGCUAACGGAAAAAGGAAGGACUGUUGUCAAGGAAAUCAUUGAAAAGGUUAGGGAAUAA